GCACACCGAAACCCCAGACGUACUGAAACGCACUUGCUCGGAGGGUUAUAGCAGUAUUCGCACUUGUCCUACAGCAUUUGGGAUGUGUUACUGCCACCAGCAACACCGGCAAGAGGGUCCGUAUUGUAUUCUGUGGAAAAUAUACGACCAGAUUCGAACAAGAUUCAUGAACAAUCGGGCUGUUGGUAACAAUCCAUAUAAGCCAACCAAACUAGAACAUCUAGCAAACUGUGUGACGCAUGGGUUAUGGAUAAUUCCCAGUGUGAUAGGUGGUCUGCUUAUGCUACAACAAGCUAUAAAUUUUACACAGAUGUAUAGUGUACUUGUUUAUAGUUCAGCCCUUACAUUACUUUUCACGGUCUCAACAACUUUCCACACCUUGGCAUGGACUGGUAAAGCAAAGAAUCUGUUUUUCUUCUUCCAUGUUGGUGACAGAGCCAUUAUCUAUUUAUUUAUUGCAGCUUCUUACACACCAUGGUUACAUCUCAAAGAUAUGGGUUUCCUGGGCAUUCACAUGCGAUGGUUAAUAUGGUUAUUUGCCGGUCUUGGCAUCAUCUACAAUUACACAUUCUAUGAGAAAUACAAAAAACUUGAGACUGUGUUAUAUCUACUAAUGGGUACAUGUCCUGCUCUUUCACUGCUUACCAUGACUUCAUCACAUGAAGGGCUUCAUGAAGUAGCCACUGGUGGUAUGAUCUACAUCGUGGGAGUGAUAUUCUUCAAAAGUGAUGGUCGUAUACCGUUCGCUCAUGCUAUCUGGCAUCUGUUUGUUGUAGCAGGUGCAUUCUUUCACUUUUAUGCCAUCGCAGCGUACUUGAUAGGAGAAGACAAAGAAUAAAUGGUUAAUCUUCACUUGCUCAUUUUCAGUCACUGACAAGACCUUGUGAGAUCUCACCAGACUUGGUGAGAUCUCGCGUGACCUGACAAGAUCUCACAUAAGGCAUGGUUUUACAUGAUCUUUGCAUCUGACUGGAAAUGACAUUUUGAGGCGAACUUGUUCAGUGUUUGUUGGGGGGGGGGGGGGGGGUCAUAUACUCUCUUUUUUUUAAAUAGCACUAGCACAAAUGUUUACACAUGUAAUGGAAAUUCCAUGGUCAACAUUAUAUGAAAUAAAUUAUCUUUAUAAAACAUUCUUUCCCUUGAAUGCCAUAAUUUUUCUCAUACAAAUUUUGAUGGAGCAUUUUGCAUAUUUCUUUUGGUUAUUUCUUUCAUAAUUUGUAACCACUGAUCAAAUUUUCUUUUGGGUACGGGUCUCAAUCAAAAUUUUACAAAAAAAAAGGUGCAAAUGGUAAUUUACAGGUUUAUAUUUUGAAAGAUGCUAAUGGUUGGCAUUCAAGAGGGAAACAAUGUUUGUAAUACUGCCAGAAUAUAACAGGGUACUCAUUCAUGUCAUUAGUAGUAGUAGUAGACAAACAAUUAUACUCAGAAACAUUAACAUUUAUCGUUCUGGUUUCAUACAUUUUCUGUUUCCCUAAAUUAUUGCUAUUUCCUAAUCAUGCUGCCAGUGUUGGCAUCAAACUAAUUCAAUGAACAAGUCUCUUAAACAAGUGAACCAAUAUACCAAUAAUAAGAAAGAUUUUUUUCAAAGCAUUGUGUUUAGUUAUAAAUUCAUCUAAAAAUUCAAAUUAUAAAGUCUUAUUGAAAAUUCACUUGCAACUAUAUUUUUUUCUUAUCUUAUUUAAUAUUUAUUUUUAUAUGCAUAGUGAGACUAUGUUACAUAAGGCAAAAGCAGUCUAUGAGGGAAUACCUAGUUUACAGAUAACAGACAACUAGUUACCUGAAUAACUGAUUGUUUACCAAUCAUUGUUGUCUGGCCCAUC